AUGGGUGAUACAUCAGCCAGCGAGCUUGACCGACCUGGUACACUACCACCCGCAUCACCAGUUCCGCUCGCCCAUCCACCUCAAGUCAGCAAUGUUCGAGUGCAGAGAACAGAGCAAUCCAAGUCUACACAAGAUUCGCAGCCCACAGAGCGGAUCCAUUCGCAGGGAGAAGCCCGGAUAUUACAUCCCUCAGGCAGCGCCUCGCUGGCUGUUCCUACAACCAGGGACGAUGACCACCGUCCCGUGAUACGGCAUACAUCCGAGCCCACAUUCCACAGCCCCUUACGGCAACACCGGCGACAUGUAUCGUCAACAAGGAGAAUCAAGGAGACGCUCAAUGCCAGAUCGGAGCACGAAAGCAGCGGCGAAGACGGAACUGUACAACAUCGAAUCAACCAAUAUAUCAUAGAGCAAGAGAUUGGGCGUGGAUCGUUCGGUUCUGUACAUUAUGCGAUUGAUCAAUUUGGGAAUGAAUAUGCUGUCAAGGAGUUCUCGAAGUCGAGGCUACGAAGGCGGAAGCAAUCGAAUCUGUUACGAAGACCCAGAGGACCACAUGCCCGCCGAGGGUUCAACCUGCCGUUUGGUCAUUCUCAGAAGGGGGAUCCGAAUUCCCUCGAUCUAAUUCGGGAAGAGAUUGCCAUCAUGAAGAAGUUGAAUCAUCACAACUUGGUGUCCCUUGUGGAAGUUCUGGACGCCCCGGAAGAAGACUCGUUGUACAUGGUUAUGGAGAUGUGCAAGAAAGGGGUCGUGAUGCAAGUUGGGUUGGACGAGGUAGCUGACCCGUAUGACUCAGAGACAUGCAGAUGUUGGUUCAGAGACAUGAUCUUGGGCAUCGAAUAUCUCCACGCUCAAGGAGUCAUACACAGAGACAUUAAACCAGACAACUGCCUGAUCGAUAAGGACGACGUUCUAAAAAUCGUCGACUUCGGCGUGUCCGAAAUGUUCGAGAAAGACCGGGAAAUGAAAACCUCAAAGUCUGCAGGAUCUCCGGCGUUCAUGCCACCCGAGCUAUGCGUGCCGAAGCAUGGCGAAGUGUCAGGGCAGGCAGCCGACAUAUGGUCCAUGGGUAUCACACUAUAUUGCCUGCGGUAUGGCAAAAUUCCUUUUGAGAAAGGAGGGGUUUUGGAACUGUACGAUGCAAUUCGAGAUGAUCAGGUUGAACUUGGCGACGACUGUGAUAAAGACUUCCGUAACAUGAUGAAUUGGAUACUCGACAAAGACCCAGCGAAGCGGAUAACCAUGGAUGAGCUUAGAGAACAUCCAUGGGUCACGAAACGAGGAGUAGACCCCUUACUACCGAAGGAGGAAAACAUAGCGACUAUGAUUGAGGAUCCGACAGAGGAGGAAUGGAAUGCUGCCAUCACGGGAAACAUGACACAUCUUCUCACCGUGAUGAAGGCAGCAAAGCACUUUAAGAAACUCCUUUUUCGGAAACGCCCCGAACUCAUGGAAGGCAUCUUCGGCCGCGCCUCACAUAUCGUCCAGCCCCCCCUCUCGAUCGGUGCAACUGAUCGGAGACGGAAGUCGAAAAGUAUGGAUGUGGACGACCGCGUUGCCGUGGCGGCGGCGCUCGCCACAGAAGGCGUGCAUCGGGACAUCAUCAUUUCGGACGAUCUGAAGCGAAUGCCGAAUGAAGCGGAUAGAAUCGCAGCAGUAACUCGAUUGGAGGAGGAACGGCACAAAGAAAGCGCAAAGCCACUUCUUGGUUCGGAAGACGCGAGAACAUCCGUACCUCCAGAGGGGUCUUCUUCAAUUACUGCAACGUCAAGGGAAACUUCACGGCAGACGUCGAAAUCAAGGGAUCAAGAUGAAGCAUUGUAUCCUCCACGACAAGAGAGACCACAUGGUAAAGGCCAUGCGCACGAUUUGCUUGAAGAUCUCCUCUUUCUGAACAUCGGUCCCGGGCUUCACUACACCGAGCCUACCCCAGGGCUGGACCAGCCCAUGAGCAACGCUCCAAUCUCUAGCAGCCCAUCGUCCACCUCACUCCCCUCAACCAUCCCUCAUGUACGCUCCAGCCACAUCCGCAUCCUCUCCGACUCCCCUCCCUCCACCGAUUUCAACAUCUACGAAGAUGCCUACCACAAAGAAGUCACUCGCAUCCUCCAAGACCGCCGCGAUCGCCAACCGCGGCUCUACCUGACGCGCCGCGUCGAGGCGAGCAAACGGCUGCGAGAAGAUCGGGAGUUGGCGAAGACCUUCGUGAGUGAGGUGGCGGAGAAGAGCAAGAGCUUGUUGAGCGAGGCGCUAGGGAGGCGGAAAGGGGCAGGUGGGGAUGCGGGGAACGGCGGUGAUGGGAUGGCAGAGGCGGUGGAGCAGGUGAAGAGGAAGGCGAGGGAGGACGUACAGGCUGGGGUUGCGGAUGGACGGGAUGGGGUGGUGAAGGCGGAGCAAUCAGGAGACUCUAUAAUGGAGGAUGUCCAGCCGUAG